CAGGUCCAUUUUGUCCCUGAUAAUGGAACAGUGGCGCAGAUUGUGUACAGUGAUGACCAAGAUCGUCCUACCCAGCAAGUGGUCUAUACAGCUGACGGCACCUCUUACACUUCUGUAGAUACUUCAGAGCAUACGUUAGUUUACAUCCAUCCCGUGGAAGCCACUCAGACUCUUUUCACAGACCCGUCUCAAGUCACGUAUGUUCAGCAAGAUGCAGAGACACAGCAGGUAUGGUACGCUGCCUCCUAUGCAGAAUUUGUCAAUCAGAAAAUCCAUGAUGUAUCGGAGGAGGAGAGGAAAGUUCUCCGAGAACAAGAGAAAAACUGGCCAUGUUAUGAGUGCAAUCGACGCUUCAUGAGCUCCGAACAGCUCCAGCAACAUCUCAACUCCCACGAUGAAAAGCUGGACUUCUUCAGCAGAGCAAGAGGCAGAGGUCGUGGACGAGGCAAGCGAAGGUUUGGUCCAGGAAGGCGACCUGGCCGUCCUCCAAAAUUCAUGCGCUUGGAAGUAACCACCGAAAACGGGGGGAAGUGUGCAGAAGAGAGCCAGGACUUGCUGCCCUUUGCCAGUAAGGGGCAGUUUGAUGAAGCCGGGCCAGCCACCCUAAACGGGCUCGACCAACCGGAGGAGACCCCAGUGGCCCCCGAGGCAUCGUCCUCUUUGGAUCAGCUGCCUGAAAGCCAAUCCCUGCAGCUUCAACCGCACGAGCAGACUGUGGUGGCUACCCCAAGCCUGAUGACAGCAGAUGACAUGCGGCGAGCCAAGCGUAUCCGG